AAGAACGUACUGCUGAGCGCGCUCUUCAUAGUCAUGUGGUAUUCGUUUUCCGGUAUGCUCUCAGUAUACAAUCGCUGGCUGUUUGGCAACUCUGAGCGCGACUUUUCGUUCCCCUUGUUUGUCAGUGCUAUCCAUAUGCUGGUUCAAUAUCUGCUAUCACUUUUAGCGCUACGCAUGUUCCCGCACCUGCGUCCGACCCAAUCGCCGACAUGGAGUGCGUAUCUGACGCGAGCGGUCCCAUGCGGAGUUGCGUCGGCGCUGGACGUUGGGCUGAGCAAUGUGAGUCUGCAGACAAUUACUCUGACCUUCUACACGAUGUGCAAGUCGUCGAGCUUGGGAUUCGUCCUGCUAUUUGCGUUCCUGUUUGGGCUUGAGCGCGUGCGCCUGGUGCUGAUUGCCAUUAUUGCCGUGAUCUCAAUUGGCAUCAUGCUGAUGGCUGCCGGAGAGGUGAAUUUCGUGUGGGCCGGCUUCCUCGAGGUCAUGACAUCGUCGGCCAUGAGCGGCUUGCGCUGGUCGCUGACGCAGAUUUUGCUGUCACAGGAGCGGUUCGGCAUGAAUAACCCGAUUGCAACCAUGUCAAAGCUGACGCCCAUCACCGGUAUCAGCAUCAUGGUGUUCUCGCUGAUCAUCGAGCAUCCGUUCACCGAAAUCGCAAAGAAUAAGAACAUGGACUCGACGCAAGGAAUCGUCAUGAUCGUGGCCCUGAUGGUGGGCGGCGGCGUGCUGGCGUUCGCCAUGAUAUUGUCCGAGUUCUUCCUGAUCGCACGCACGUCGGUCGUGACCCUGUCAAUUGCUGGGAUGCUGAAGGAGGUUAUGAUGGUUGGCGUUGCCCAUCUGAUCUUUGGCGACACCAUGUCGUUUGUCAAUGCCUGUGGCCUGCUGGUCGCCAUGUUUGGCAUCGGCAUGUAUAACUGGCUCAAG